AUGCAAAUUCGAAGACUUCGACAUGUUCAUGGUCAAUUUGGGAUUUAUGGGCAGGAAGAGGUAGAAAUUCUUGAAGAAAUGAAAUUUAUUAGAUUAUACGAUGAAAAUGUAGAUCUGAUAUUACAGAAGAGAAAAGAAUUUGAAUUCAACGUAGAAAUCGAAAGAACACUAGAAAUUUGUCGAGAAUUAUGUCGCGAAGAAGUUCCAGAUGAUAAUCAAGAAAAAAGAGAUGUAGGAAAAUUUCCUGAU